CUGUGUGCCGGUUUUGUAUGCAGGUUAUAUAGCCUUGAAUUGCGCGGUACUAAUAUUAGUUUUGAUGAAAAUAUUUCAUUAUUUUUGGUAUUUUUAGCUUUUUACUUUAGCCAAACUAUGUUUUCUUUACUCAAAUUGAAACAUACUAAAACAUUAAUAGUUGUGAAAUCUACUAGUCUAAUUAAAAAGAAAAAAGAUUAUUUGAUAAAAUUAGACAAUGGAAACGAUGGGUUGGAAUAUUUCUUUGUAAAUCGGUUAUUUUCAGAUGAAAGACACACUCUUAUAGAAAUAAAAAAGAACAUAGAUACCAACUCACCAAAAAUUCUAAUAAAGGAUGUUAACAAAGGGUCAAGUGACCAAUGUGAAAAUAAUGAAACUACUGGUAAUGAGCCAAUUAAUAUAACAAAUAAUGACAAAUGUGCUUCCAAUGCAGACACAAUAAAUCAAUUUCAUAUUCAACAUGAGGAAUCAAAUACUAUAGUAAACUCAUAUUUAGAUUUGGAUGUGAAGUCCGAUUUUCACAAUGAUAAAUUACAGAGCAAUGUUAUAACUAAUGAAAAUUUACAAAGUCAUACAUUAGAUAAAACUAAAUCUUCUAAAACCUAUCCUCGAAUUAUAGAAGACAAGAAAUGCAAAAUAAAUAUGACUAUUUUAUCAAAAAGUAGUGACACAACAGCAAAUAGUUCAUGUAAUACAUCUAUUCUGGGGAAUUUGGAACUUUCUGAUGUAAAUCUUUCUGAUGUAAAUGUUUCUGAUAUGAAUGGAAUAGACAUAAAUAAUUUUGAAAAUUGUGGUACAAAUUUAAAUAAUAAUAAUGGAGAAGAAAUGAUUCACGAAGUACUAGCUGAAAAUAAAUCCACGUUUACAUCUAUCACUGAAAAUACUGAACUGGACAGCACUAUAGUACCAUUUUGUGAUUUAAACGGAGUUAAGAAUUCUUCUAUAAACAACGAUAUAAAUAACAAUGACAAUAAAUUAUAUUGCAGUAACUCACAAAUUGAAAAUGUCUCGCAAAAUACAGUUGAAGACGAAGCAUCAGAGAAUAAUUUGCCAAAGAAAAUUUUGCUAAAACAAAAAAAUGUAAAAAAACGCGCCAUAGAAAAUAUAAAUAAUUCAGAUGAAGAAUGUGCGCCAAAAAAGAAACGAUUCACACCUCCUUACGGAAAGACCAGAAGAAUACGUUGGACUUCUGAAGAAAAGCAAACAGCUUUAUUACUCUUCGAAACAAAUAUUAAUAAUUCUACUUUACCUUCGUUAAAGGAAAUAAUAUCCAAAACGCGCAAAAACAUUUUGAAAAAUCGACAGCCAGCAGCAAUAAAAACUUGGAUACACAAUCAAUUUCGCAAUAAAAUAUAAAUGUCAUUAAAUAAAAGAAA